CCGCCCUCUUCUCACGCAGCCCUGUUUUAUGAGGGAAAAUGUAUCGUCUCGGCCAACAGACUAUCUCCAAGAUCGCUUUCAAUUCCUUUUUAUCUACUGUGCCACGGGAAUAUUUUCAUUUUACGAGACAAUACAAUAAAAGCUGGUCGUGUAUUGGCUGAUUUUUGAUCAAAUUAUACAUUCGUUUGCGCGAAAAUGCCAAGGACCAAGAAGAAGAAUAGCAGGGGAGGGCAGCAUGGACAUGUGCAGCCUUUCAGUGAUGAGGAUGCCUCCAUUGAGACCCUCAGUCAUUGCAGCAGCUUCAGUGACACCACCAGUGUCGCAGAUGAAGGUGGAGAGGCCAGUGAGGACACAGCCCAGGAGGAUUUCCAGUACAAGCUGAAGGGGUUCAUAGACAGCACUGUGGAUAAGAGUGCUAAGACCAGACAAGGGGCACUGGAUGGGCUUAAGACGGCAAUGGCCACACGGAUCCUGUAUGAGUUCAUCUCGGAAAGAAGGAUGACCAUCACAGACAGCAUUGAACGAUGCCUCAAGAAAGGCAAAGGCGAGGAGCAGCGAGCGGCAGCUUCUUUAGCCUGCCUGCUGUGUAUCCAGCUGGGCUCGGGCAUCGAGAGCGAGGAGGUGUUCAAGACCCUCAAACCCAUCUUCAAAAACAUCCUGGCAGAUGGAUCAGCCAACAUACAAGCCAGACAGGCAGUGGCGACAAGUCUGGGCCUCUGUACUUUAGUCGCAGAAGAUGAUAUUUUGGACGUGCAUGCUACCAUGGAGUGCUUUGAGAACCUGUUCACCCGGUCCUAUGCUAGGGUGGAUGGAACCUGUCCUCUGAUCAGUCCCCAGACAAGCCAGCUCCACACCAACGCCCUGCUGUCCUGGGCACUGUUGCUCACCAUCUGCACUGCCAACCAGCUCAAAGACGUCCUGCACAAACACCUGCCUAAACUGCCAAGAUUGCUGGAAAGUGAGGAUGUCAACAUGAGAAUUGCUGCAGGGGAGACCAUUGCCCUGCUCUUUGAGCUGGCCAGAGACAUGGACUCUGAGUUUGAGUUUGAUAACUGGGAGGAACUGUGCGACAAACUGAACGCGUUGGCCACAGACUGUAACAAGCACAGAGCCAAGACGGACAAGAGGAAGCAGCGGUCGGUGUUUCGGGACGUCCUGAAGGCUGUCGAGGAAGGUGACUUCCAGCCUGAGAACAUUCGUUUUGGGACAGAGCGCAUGACCAUUGAUAGCUGGGUCAGAAAGAGGACUUACGAUGCUUUCAGAGAGUUUGUGGGCUCUGGGAUGAAUUACCACCUACAGGGUAAUGAGUUCAUCAGAGAUGUGUUUGAACUGGGACCACCCAUGCUGGUUGAUUCCGCCACAAUGAAGGCCAUGAAAAUCUCUCGCUUUGAAAGGCAUCUGCACAACUCUGCUGCGUUCAAGGCGAGGACCAAGGCCAGAAGCAAGUUCAGGGACAAGAGGGUGGAUGUGGGAGAAUUUUAACAAAUCUAUUUUUUUCUGUCUUUUUUUGACUCUAAUAACAUUUAUCAGGCGUCCCUGCUUUUUAGAUCAAUUGUCACGACUUUGUGUCACCCUCCUAUGAAAUCCUUCUUUUGAUUACCAAACUCACCCUCUGCAGAGUUGAAGGGUGGAUUUGCUCUGUAGCGCACAGAAGUUUCCCUUUUUCAGCCACCUUUCAAAGCUGCAGGAGGUGAGCAUUUUGAUAAUCAAACAAUAGAUUUUGUAUAGCGAGAGUAUAACUUUAAUGUAUCCACACAUUAACAGUGGUGUUGUACAUACAGUGUAUAUUUGGUCUGUCCUCAUGUUAAUAUUCAUCAUGUGGCCUUUUUAUUUGAAUAUAUGUAAUAAGUUAUAUAACUUAGCCAGCAUUUGUCUUUGCACCAUGUACUUCUGUUUAGUUCAUAGCAAUGUCAAAAACAUGUUGUGACUGUCAUAACCCUUUUCUUAUUUAAGUUGCACUACCUUGUUAACCCAUAGCAGGUUAUUUCCAGUGAAUAUUGUGUUGUCUUUUUAGUAUUGGGUAUGUAAUCUAAAGGGCAAGGAUGGUGAAAUAAACACUGAAAAGCUAUAA